GGCAAACAGGGCGCCCCCAGGGCCGAGUCCCCCAGGCAGCGCCGGCAGCGGGCGCUACCGGGCGCAGCCAGCAGACACUGCAGCUCCUUCCUUCCCAGCGGAAGGUGAGACAGCCGCCGCUUUCACGGGGUAACCAACAAAACACGAAGGAAGGUAAACACGCGUGGCCAGAAGCUGGCCUCCCUUCACACACGCAGGCACCAGCCGAGGGUGACGCGCCGCCGAGAGGCGGAAACCAGCCCGGGCUCCGCGGGCGCAGGCGGCACCGCAGGCAGCGGCGGCAGCAGGGCCGACUGCCCCUCGCCACCCACCUUCCCACCGCGGCACCGAGCGCUGCCCGCCGGCCCCAGGCGAACGGAGGGAACGGUGCGGAGCUGGAGGCGCAAGGAAAUAAACGGGUUCUGAUGCAAGGAAAACGAUGAAAUUUGGUUGCCUUUCCUUCCGACAACCCUAUGCAGGAUUAGUUUUAAACAAAGUCAAAACAGUGGAGGCUCGUUGGCGUCCUUUGCUAGCAAACUACAAGGACUGCACCAUUGCUAUUCAUAUAGCUGUUAAAGACUGGGAAGAUGAAACAUGGAGAGCAAUUCUCUUGAAUAGGUUUGGUAUGACACCACAAGAAGUGCAAGACUUGUUGGAUAAAGGGGAAAAGUUUGGCAGAGGAGUUAUUGCAGGAUUAAUUGACAUUGGAGAGACAUCACUAUGUCUAGAAAACUUGCCUCCUGAAGAGAUUCUGGAGCUGGAAAACAAAGCUGUCCUCAGUAAUCUAGAACAGAAAUACUUGACUGUCGUUUCAAACCCAAGAUGGCUUCUGGAACCAAUUCCUGCCAGAGGGGUACAAGGUGUGUGGCAGGUGGACAUCCCUGAGGAACUGAUCCCUGCAGAAGCAUAGGUGUUGCCCCUCGCUAUUAUUUUUCCUACCUAAAUGCAAACUUAGAAUCAUAGAAUGGUUUGGGUUGGAAGGGACCUUGAAGAUCCUCUAGUUCCUACCCCCUGGGCAGGGGCACCUUCCACUAGACCAGGUAACUUGUAAUUCACAAGUCAGUAUCUUGAGUACCAGUGAGUUUAGGAUUCCCUUCCAAAACUGAUUGUUUGAAAUAGCACAUACAUUUGAGGAACUGUCCUUUUGAGGCAGAAUAAAGAAGAUGUAAUUUUUAUGACCAUCACUGGAAAUUAUUAAUGGUUUGCUGGAUUCUUCCUAUAUAACAAGUAACUGCCAUUUUUUAAAAAUACGUGGUUGAUGUAUUUUGUGCCAAUUUAAAAUGUAAAUACAACCAUAUUAUAUGAUACAUGUAUUUCUGAUUAUAUGAGGAAGAGUUUGUAGGACCCUCCAGAAAAAUGGUGCUUGAAAGCAGGCUGCCUUUGUUAAUACGACAUCUGUCUGACAGCCCACUCCUAACCUUACCUUAAGGACCAGAUUUUCCUUAUUCACAGGUUAGGAAUAUUAUAUGUGCAUAUGAUGGGGGGAAGCAGCCUGCAGGGUCUGUGACCUGACAGCCUUUGUAGAAAGCUCUUCAUUAGAAAGAAGAUGCCUGUACAAAAUUAAAUGAAGCCCUUCUUUCUUUCUCUCAUUUAAGAUCGAAAAUACCAGUAAGCUUUUGACUAAUCUAAUACUGUAGAGAGAAACAAAUAGAAGUCAUUAAUUUUGGCACUUCAGUUUUUCAACAUUUAUAAUCUUUUUGACUUUCUGGAUCAAGGCCCAAGGCCAGGCAUAGCUAUAAGGACAGGAUAACUGGCAGAGGCUUUGUAUUCAGAUAGUUUAUUGGAACUCUUAGGAGACUCUAUUCCCUUGGACUAUGCAGCUUCUGAAGAGCUGUGAGAGGUACCUGGCUUGCCCUUGGUUAGGGCCCGAGGCCGUUGGCACAAGUGCAAGUCAGGCCUUGGUGCUAUGAUGGAGUUUGUCCCUGAGGUGGCCUUGGCACAGACAGAGCAGUGGCUGCCCCUGGGUGGUGAGCAGUUGUACUGGGCAUCACUUUUUUUUUUUUUCCUCUCUUUUUGUUAUCUCCCUUUUCAUUACAAUUAUUAUCAUAUCUUACUUUAUUUCAAUAAUUAAACUCUUAUUUCAACCCAUGGAUUUUACUUUUUCCCAGUUCUCCUUAUCCCACCAGGGACUAGGAUGGUGCAGGGUCUGAAUGAGCAGCUGCAUGGUACUUAGCUGCUGACUGGGGUUAAACCACAAAAGCACCUUUCACACCUGCAGGAAGUUCAUACACUCUUCGCUCUUGUCUCAUUGCCAUGCAAACACUAAAGAAACUCUAUCCAUGGUAUUUACGGUACCUAAACUGUGGGUUCACCUAAACACAAAGAGCAGCUGCAAGGAUGUGGGAAUAUCAGACAUCUGUUUUUAUAAGAUACUGCAGUGUAGGUUCCAAAGACUUUCUUUAAAGCACGGAGAAGUCCAAAACAAUCUGUCAGAGGUUGUCCUUCUUGAAACAAGAAAAUGCUAUACCAACACCACCAAGUUCCUAUCUUGAAAAGUUUAAUCACUGACUCCAACACAAAGUUGGUAAUGAAGAGCAAGCUAUGAUAUUUAUACCAGCUAACCAACAUCUGUAAAACCUACAACUAAUGUUUCUGGCAAUAGACUGCACACACAAUGCAAGCGGGGACAGCUUAGUAACAAGCAGUCUAGUGGCAGACUGGUGUAGGCACUGCUCAACAAGAAUGAAAACGUGAAACUGGAAAAGCAACAAAAGCAAUGUUUAACUCCCAAGCCACUGCAAAAGUUGAAAUACAUGAAAAUUCACAUAGCUAACUUGAAACCAUCAUGGAAGUUGCUGUACAUUCUACUUCCUCCCA